CCAACGCCUGUUUCAAAUCAUUCUGCGCUCCCAGCAAGCAAAGUUGUGGAUGCGACUACUUCGGUGUCAGGCGGACCAAUUAAUACGAGUAUCCCUACGGCUUGUGGUGGUGUCUCCAAUCUCGCAUUUCCUGUGGACGUCGCUAACGAGUGGAGAGCUACAAAAGUUGCGGGAGGGUUGAUAAAACCGCGAGGAAUCACCUUCGAUGGUGUUGGUAAUCUCCUGGUGGUUCAAAAUGGGUUUGGUAUAACUGCGCACAAGGCAUUGCCAAACGGGUGUCUUGAGGCUCCCAAGAUAGUGAUUGCACAGCAGAAUCUCAAUCACGGAAUCGUGUUCAGCCAGGAUGGUAAGACGCUGUAUGCCAGUUCUGCGACCUCGGUUUUCGCUUGGGCAUAUGACGCAGCGACAAUGAGUAUAUCAGGAAACUCGACGCCAAUAGUAACGGGUAUGGAUAUCGAAGGCCAUGUCACGCGAUCGCUCAGCAUCCCACCAAACUAUCCAAACUUGCUCCUUGUUUCGCACGGCUCAAAUGGUAAUAUCGAUUAUGGUUCUCUUGACAUCAAAACUGGGCGCGCUUGCAUUAAAGUCUUCGACACAAUAGCCAUACCGCCUGGUGGAUACGACUAUGUCACCUCUGGCACUCAACUUGGCUAUGGCCUUCGCAACGAAGUUGGCCUCGCCUUUGACGCAGCAUCGCACCUUUGGGGCGUUGAAAAUUCUGCCGAUGAACUGCACCGUACCAUCAACGGCAUCUCAACUGACAUUCAUAACGACAACCCCGCCGACGAGCUCAAUUACAUCGGCGACCCAUCCCGGGAAAAUGUGGACUGGUACGGUUACCCUACCUGCUUCACCGUAUUCUCUCCCUCAACUAUUCCCGGGGGAAACUUCACUGUGGGCGACCAGUUUGUGUUAGAGCCCAAUGCUACCUUCACCGACAACACAUGUAAACAGCGUAGUGUAGCGCCUCGUGUUGCGUUUCCCGCCCACUCGACACCACUUGAUGCAAAGUUUGACACUGAUUUCUCUGCUCUAUACGUCACUCUUCAUGGGAGCUGGAACCGCGAUCCGCCCGUGGGAUUCAAGGUCGUUCAGGUGCCGUUUGGGCAGGCAGAUGGAAGCUUCGGGCCGACUGGAGGAAACAACGCUACUGAGGCAUGGAAAGAUGUCUUGUGGAAUGAGCGUGUGGAUAUGUGUUCCAAGAUGAGCUGUUUUCGCCCUGUUGGCCUGGCAGUGGAUAGGUGGGGGAGAGUGUAUGUUAGUAGUGACAGUACCGUAGAAGGCGAGGUUGUUGUGUUAGGAAGA